AUGGCGCACGGUGGUUCGUGGACAUCGACAACCUUUGGCAGCGAUACACUUCAGCUCCUUAUCAAGUCAAGGUUUGACCGUACGGGAUACGACAUUCAGCUCACAGAUCUCAGCCGAAUAUGGGGAGAGACGCUUUCGAAACAAGAUGUUGUCACACGCGCCUUGGAAAGUGGCUGUAGCUUCAACCCCGGGGAAGAUGAUGGCAACUACGACACUUUCGUCAAGUGCAUCAAGAGUUCUUUGAAUGGAGAUGUAAAGACUACAUCGACURUACGCGCCGGCGAUCCUGGAACGCUGUUUCUCGACCUAUCCACACCUUUAUCGGGAGGUCUUUCGGAUCUGCGGUGGACCGUACGACUUCAACAGCUAUGCGAGACUGCUGUCGCUACCGAAAUUGUUGGGCCACUUCUUUCUCAGGCCAACCGCUUGCAACAUCAAAUUCAACAGUUGGUUGAUGUGAUCUCGUCAAAAGACCAUGUUAUCCAAAAGAUUACAGACCACUUGGAAAACACAUCAAGUGAUCUAACAGCAGUCUUCCCGGGAGUGUCUAACAUCAAAACAUCGAGAAGAAAGCACCAGUCGCAGCGGUCACACUUGGCAGGCCAUGUCAAGGGUCUCGCUGACUUUGAUGAAGUCGCCUGGAGAGCCUCUAACAAGCAAUCACAUGAAGAGAAUGGAGUGGUUCCUGACGUGGUGAAUGCCGUGCUGGGAGACCUUCCUUCACCGAUGCAAGACGAGAAGUCCGCAGAAGACUGGGUGCAAAAUCUAAACAGCAGGAGCAGAGGGUCUCAACGACAGUCCCAAGUGUCCGUCAGGCCCCAUUCCGUGGGCGUACAAGCUUCCAAGUCAGACAUCCAGGAUGAGGACUUUCAGCGACAGGAUACGCCGCCGCAGCAAUCGAGGCACGGUAGGGAGAAGCAAGACACAUUUGCUCGCGAAAUCGCAUUUCAGACUUCUCAACCUGCCCAUGUUGGUGAAGAUUCAGAAACUGAAGACGAAGACGAGGACUGUCUUGAUAUUCCUCCAACCACCUCGCAGCGGCAGGCACUAAGCACUACUGAGUCACCUGGUCAUACCAUUGACCUUAAUGAUCAGAGUACCACCGGGCUUGCGGGGACAUCUAGAAGCCCAGCUCAAUCUGGAGAUACCGGAACGAAGAGGCAGCAAUCUCCACCGGACGACCUCGACGAGGAGACCGAAGUCUCUACAUCGCCAUCACCGGUUGCAAAGCCUCAACUCAGAAAGGAGACACAUGAUUCCGAUUCAGAACUAAAGCCAGAGGACAAAUCACGAAGAGGGGGUCUAGGCAAAUUCGGAGGCAUAAAGGCCAAGAACGAAGCUCGAGCUAUGGACCGCGAAGAACAGACAGAGCAAUUAUCUGCUAGACCGAAAGGUUCUCUCGGCAAGUUUGGUGGAAAGAAAGCUCCGCCCUCAGUGUCUUCACCAGAGGCGAAGACUUCGACUGCUCCGGCGAAACCAAAAUCCUCAUUGGGCAAAUUUGGUGGCGAAUCGAAAGGCGCACGAAUACCUUCAAAGCAAGAGCCGCACCAAGAUAUGCCAGAAGCCUCAGCGAAUGCUCGCGAUGUCAAGAAAAGCACCAAAACCGAGCCUGAGGUGGAGCAGCCCCCAGAGCGUGAGUUAACAGAGGAAGAGAAGCAGCAACGAGCAGACGAGAAGCGCGAGAAGCUCAAACGAGAACUCGCAGCAAAAGCAAAAGGACCCGCAAAGAAGAAGAGGAAGUUUUGA